AUGCUUUGCCCCGUUGCCGCCCCAGUGACUGCAGGAAACACGCGCAACCCAUCCGUCACCAGCAGUUCCCAUUCCGCUUCUUCAGCCUUUCCCUCCCGAGCAUCCAACACCGCUCCAAACAGCCAAAAUGGGGAGAGCGCCCCCUCUUUUCCUAGACGCACUUCCAGUUGGGGAGGCGGCGCCGCUCCGAACUGGAAGACGGACAAAGUUACGCUGCAGAGGUACCGCGAUGCAUCUGCGGAGGUGCUGGCAUUGCUACUGGACCACUGCCAAACCGUCGAGAAAGCUUCAGUGGAUGAGGUCUAUGCCGAUCUCACGCUUCAUGCUGCCUUCCUCCUCCACACGCUCAUAAAGGACAACCCACCGCUCUCGGAGGCAGAGGACGGAGAGGUCCCUUGCCAACCCGCAGAGAAGGCUCUCCAGGAUCCCGUGCUUGCGAACGUGGUGGAGCUCCCAGAAGCACGCAACAAUGCAGCCGAGACAGGGCCCCCUCUCUGUCCCCGUGAUCCAUCAUUGCCUCCCGAUGCCUCUCCCGACAGCAGGCCUUCUUCGGAGGGGCAGCAGCAGCAGCCUGCGGCAACGCCUGCGAGCGCCUUUUGUGGUGCUUCAUCUGUCGUCGCUCCCACGCUGCUUUCACACCAGGAGCUCCCUCUAAACUCUCUUCAGAGGAGGCCCCCCGAUACCGAAGACGGGGGCCCCCACAAGCUCCACGUAAAAACCCCCUCCGUUGUGUGUGCAGCCUUGAGGGACACCUCCGUCUUGCCCCCCUUGGAGGAGCAACGGCGCCUUCUUCCGACCCUCCGUCGCCAACUCUUAAGGCGCUUUGGACUAAGUGACCCCCAGGUAUACGCAAGGAUCGCGGGGGCAGCACGCAGGGGGCCCCCCCAAAAGGCCCCCGACACACAGGACGAUCCACAACAGGCGCAGCAGCAGCAACAGCAGCAGCAGCAGCCAGAGAUUCCCCAUGAGGGGGGGGCCCUAGGGCCUCCCUCGAGUCCCCCCCGCUCAAGGAGCUCGGAGGCCCCUUCUAUGCUCCCUCCCCCCGAGGGGGCCCCCGAAUUUCCCAUCCGAGGACACACAGGCCAGCAUGCGGCCUCUCUGGCGUCGUUAACAACGCCUCUCGAGAGCUCCCCUGCGGAGGGCCCUGUGGGAACAACACCGCAGGGGGGCCCCUUUUUCGGGGAGACGUACUGCGAAGUAUUGCGUGACGAGGAGUGGACUGUGCCCAGCUUGUGGCUGGUUUUGGGGGCAGUGGUGUUGGCAUUUCUACGUCGGCAGGUGCUCGAGAGACUGCAACUCACGAUGAGUGGAGCCGUAGGACACAACAAGUUUGUUGCCAAAGUAGCUUCCUCUCAUUUUAAGCCCGAUCAGCAGGUAAUCGUCCCGUCCUUUGCUGUAGCCUCCUUCCUCUCGGGAUUCCCCUUAAGGAAGCUUCCUGGCAUGGGUGGCAAGAGGGGCCUCUGCGUGUCUUCGAGACUCCCCCAGUAUACCUUCGCGGGAUGCAUACAGCGGCUUCCUUUCGGUGUCCUUCAACAAAAGCUUGGCACUGAGGAAGCAGAAUUCCUCUACAACCUUGUACGCGGCUGUCCUGAGGGGAGCGACAGCGUGCAGAGCAACAUUAGAGUAAAAUCCAUGCUGGCCUUCAAGUCGCUACCGCCUCCUGGCGUCCCUCCAGGGGGGCCUCAGCUCCCUCAGUGGCUGCACACCCUCAGCAGAGAGCUCUGUGAGAGAGCAGACCUAGACUUUAGACUGUAUGCGAGAAUUCCCAAGACCAUCACUCUCCAUUUCUGCUCGGGGAAUCCUGCGAACCAGCGGUUUACGCGGUCCUGCCAGAUUCCCUAUGCCUCUGCGGGGGGCCCUUGUAAGGGGCCUCCCGACGUGCAGCAGAUAUGGCAGCUGGGAAUGCAGCAGCUGACUCGCCUGCAACAAGAGCAGCAGCAGCGAGGGGUUCCGUUACAGCCAUGUCUAAGAGUUGCCCUGGCUCUUGGAGAUUUUGUAGAGCGGAAAGCGGGCGUCCAAGGGACAGAGAGGGGUAUUGUGGAAUUCUUCGACAAGCAGCCGAAACGCGAGGGCCUUAGGGGGCAGUCGGAAGGCACUGCAGAGGGGCUGGAAGGUACUUUGACUUUUGCCACUGCCGGAGACGCUACAGACAUCGCAAUCGCUGCCUCGCAGGAGACCCCUGAAGGUCAGGGGCCCUCAAGGCCUCCUCUCACCUCCCCAAUACGUAGCGCCAAGUCAGCGCGAAAAUUUGGGGGAUCUUCUCGAGCUGGCAAGGAAACUGUCAAGCUCCUUGAGGACCAAGAUGCUCCCGCUGAGUGUCCAAUACUGGGGAAUACCGCCUUGGAGGCGGAUCUAGAAACCCCUUUGUCGCAAGAAGAGCGGUGCAUCUCUGUUUCCUCGCAGUUGUCGGAGGGAGCCCGAUCGGAGGAAGAGGUCGAAGUCUUGGAGGUGAUAGACGUAUCCGAGGAUUUCGGUGAAUGCACACCCCAGCAAAGGGCACAUCCCAUGAACGGAAAGGACAGGCACCCAACCUCGUUGAGGUCCCCCUACAUAGCAACGCAACCGAAUGCAGCUGCACCCUCAGGAAUGUACUCACAGCACCAGCCACCUCGCUUUAGCAGUAGCCAAAGAAGGCCCCUUCCCGCACAGAGUGGUGGACAACUGAAGCUGGAUCGCUUCUUAGGGAAGAAACAGAAACGCUAG